CUUUCAAUAACAAUAUCGUUAAAAAUGGGUUUCAGACAAAAAUAUUUUAUUUGAGAAUGUUGGUAUGCAUGCCUUAUGCCAAAUUGACAGUUGACGUUUGUCGUGUUACGGGCAAGCAAAGCAAGGUCUAAGCCAAAAAAGUUACUCUUUUGGCCUGGACAAUUUUUUUAAAAAGAUGACGGAUCUAGAUUCGCCCAAAAAAAAUAACGACUGUUAUUUUUAUUAUUAUUCGACAUGUUCUAAGGGAGAUAGUUGUAUAUUUCGCCAUGAACCAUCUGCCUUAGGUUGUGAAACCAUGUGCAGUUUUUGGAAGGAAGGCAAGUGUUUUAACAUCCAAUGUAAUUUCCGACAUAUGGAACUAAGAAAAAACAGAAAAGCUAUACCGUGUUAUUGGGAGAGUCAACCAGGAGGUUGCUUAAAAGGACAUUGCUCAUUUUUACAUCAGAAUCCAAGACCCGUAGAUGCUGUUAAUAGAUCAUAUUUAUCUACAGCCGAGUCUGUAGGCAAUUUAAAUAAUAGUGAACGAAAUGUAACCGUAGGAGAGGACCUAGUCGUAAAUUUUGAAGAAGAGUCAGAUAAUGAGUCUAUGCCCACAUACUCGCCCGCAAAACACAAGGAACGCAUUUGCACAGUGAAAUCUUUGGAAGAGAUCAGGCUAGAGAAGAUACAAGCAGAAUCAGCUGCUUACUAUUCAUAUUCAGAUGAUUCUUUCCAAUAUGACGGUCAAGCUAAUAUGAUGAGAGAGAGGAUAUUUUCGAGAAUGCAAAAUAAACUACCAACAGAAAGGACAGUUGUUAUACCCAAAAGGCAAAAUGACAGUCAGUUUGUCCCUACAUUACCGAAGAAACGAAGACUCGUUUUCCACAAUGAAGAUGGUAAUCUUGAGAUUAGAAUAAAUAAAGGAAAAAACAAGCUUAUGCCGAAAACAAAUUCGAUACAUAAAUUGGAAAGAACAAUUGAAAAUCAUUUAUAUCGACAAACAAACCAUAAAAAAUCACUUCCUGUUAAUACUGAAACAAACUUAGAGGAUAUCAAAAUAAAAACUUUGGAUGAAAUACGGAGAGAACGAAAGACUAAAGAAGAAACAGUGGUAACGUCAAAUGAUGAAAACGAAGUAACUAGCACAUGUAUGGAUGUUGAUUGUCAAAGCAUAGAGAAACCAUCUCUCCAGGAGAGUACUGAUACUAGUAGUAAGAAGAUUGUUCUUAAGAGAUUACCAAUAAUUAUAGAUACACCUCAGAAUGUAGUUUUAAGUGAUGGUAAUGAGUCUACAAAUAAUAAUUUGGUUGUUAAGAGAUUGCCUAUUAUAGAUACUCCUCAAAAUGUAGUCUUAAGUGAUAGUAAUAAGUCCACAAAUAAUAAUGUUGUUUCUAGUAAUGUAAGUAGAUUAAGUGAAUCUAAAGUUACCCAAAAGCAAUGUGAAACGGAAAGUGCAAGUAGUAAACUGGAGGAAACACUGUUGAUGGAAGAGGAUGAUCUUGACGAUGAUACGGUUAUGUUAAAAGCAGAAGAGGAGUUACUCAAUGAAGUAGAUGAUGAAUGGGAAGAUUAACUCACGUUGUUAACACAUCGCUCAAACAGUGUCAUAAGUCAAAGUAUCGAGAGAACGACGUUUAAAAUUUGUGCUAGAACUUUUUCGGAUUUGAUUCAAAUUAGAACAAUAAUUGUUUUAGUUACAAAAUUAUUUAAGUUACAAAGAUUUUUGAAGUUCUACAAAAUAGCGUAUUAAGUUUAUCUACGAAAAAUAUUUAAAAAAAAAAUUGAGUUGUGACACUAUACAGAUAAAAUCGCGAAAUAUUAUUUAUUAAAAGUGGUUUUAGCAGUACAGAAUAUAAUAUCAUUACUAUUAUCUGGUUAACAGAGUUAUACUUUUUAAUGAUCCAGCUUUAAAUAUAAGUAACAAAAUGAAAUAAAAAAUACUUACUGCAAAAAGAAAAAUAACUGUGUCAUUUUUCUUAAACACAUUUGCAGAUUGUUUUGAAUAAAGCCAUCACAUAAAAUAUACUGGCUUAACUCGACAAACAACGCUUUAUACAGAUCUUAGAUGGACAACUGCCUUGCGCAAGCCGAUAUGUGACUAUGUAACUCUGUUCGGUUCAUCGUUAAUUUUGGUUAACCAUAUAAUGACGCUAGUGUCGUCUAACGACAAAUACUUUAACCAUAGACUUAACACUUUUUGAGAUAGGAUUUUGUAGUGUUAUUAAACUUUUGGUGCAAUAAAACCGUUUUUUUUUUAGUUGUGACACUGUUUGAGGGGAGGAGUGACAUGUAAACUUUAUUAAAUUUAAUUGUGUUAAAUUACUUUUAUCCCGAUAGCAAUACGGUAGAAGGGAAUUUGAUUAUAUACAUAUAUAGGGUGUCAAUUUGAAAAGUUGCCACUCCCUAUAAUUUGGUCCCUAUAGAAAAUCUAAAAGUAUACAAAAACAUGUAAAAUUUAUUUGCGAGGGGGACAUUUUGUAGACCAGUUUUCAACUAAAUUACAUUAACCCUCUAACGGGGACGAACACAACCACCAAAAUCUUUAAUGGAAAGGGGGGUUGAGUGAUACCUUUUUAAAGAUCGUUCGAUUACCUUUUCAAAAAUACCACAUACAUUAUCUUUUGAAAAAGUAAGAAGAAGAAAGUACUUUUGAAAAAAUCAAGUAAAACCAUACAGAUAUUAAGUAUCGAGUUCAGAACUUCAAAACUUUUUUUGGAGUAUUGAACUCCAAAUUAAAUUUUUUUUGGGUAUUGGAGUAUUUAGAGUAUUUUUUUGGACUAUUUUUGGAAAAAUCAAGUAAAACCGUACAGAUAUUAAAUAUCGAGUUCAGAACUCCAAAAUUUUUUUUAGAGUAUUGAGUCCAAGAUUUUUCCAAAAGUACUGAAAAGAAAUAUAAGGUAUGUGGUAUUUUUGAAAAGGUAAUUGAAUGACCUUUAAAAUGAGGUAUCACUCAACCCCCCUUUCCAUUAAAGAUUUUGGGGGUAGUGUCCGCCUUCGCUAGAGGCUUGAUGUAAUUUAGUUGAAAAGUGGUCUACAAAAUGUCCCCCUCACAAAUAAAUUUGACGUGUUUUUGCAUAUUUUUAGAUUUUCUAUAGGGACCAAAUUAUAGGGGGUGGCAACUUUUCAAAUUGAUACACUGUAUAUAAAUUACUUUUAAGCCAAAAAUACAUUUGACUCGUCUAGUUCCAAAACAGGCCAUUUGCAAAAAAUUUUAAAGAAAAUUACAAGUUGAAUAUUUUAAAAGCUUCCUUCUGAUCCAUGAAAAAUGUUAAAAAGCGGUCAUUUACCAUACUUAAACUAUACUAAAAGAUGAGGGUUAGUAAACCGGCCAACUUUAAUAAAAAAAUCAGUUUUCUUCAUCUUGUAAAAAUUGCACUUUUUGCAAUUGGCCGGUUUUGGAACUAGACGACUCAUUUGUUUGUUUCUUUUUGUAGUUUUAUUGUAUUAUUUUUUUUAUAUUACUCAAUGAAGUAGAUAAUGAUUGGGAAGAUUAACCUACGUUGUUAACACAUCCCACCUCCGGUCAAACAGUGUCGAUAAGUCAAAAGAGCGAAGUAUCGAGGAUACGGCGUUUAAAAUUUGCGCUAGAACUUUUUUGGGUUAAAUUCAAAAAUCAUUGAAAAUAGAACAAUAACUAUUUUAUUAAUUUACAAAGAUUUUUGAAGCUCUACAAAAUACCUCUACUCUACCAAAAGUAUUUAAAAAAUAUGUUUUUGAGUUGUUACACUAUAUAGAUAAAAUAACGAAAAAUUUAAGAAAUAUUUAUUAAAAGUGAUUUUAGCAGUAGAAUAUAAUAUCAUUAUUAUUAUCUGGUUAACAGAGUUAUAUUUUUAAUGAUUUAACUUUAAAUAUAAGUAACAAAAUUAAAUAAAAAAUACUGAAAAAGAAAAAUAAAGGUGUCUUUUCUUGAGUACAUUCACAGAUUGUUUUGAAUAAAGUAAUCGCAUAAAAUGUACUGUCUUAAUUCGACAAACGACGCUUUAUACAGAUUUUAGUUGGACAACUGCCUUGCGCAAGCCGAUAUGUGACUAUGUGACACUGUUCGGUUCAUCGUUGAUUUUGGUUAACCAUAUAAUGACGCUAGUGUCAUCUAACGACAAAUUCUUGAACCAUAGACGUAGGUAACACUUUUUGAGGUAGGCUUUUUAGCUUUUUUAAACUAUUGGUGCAAUAAAACUGUUUUUUUUUUAGUUGUGACACUGUUUGAGCGGAGAAACGACAUGUAAACUUUGUUAAAUUAAGGAGAAUUAAUUGUUAAAUUACUUUUAAGGCAAAAAUACACUUGUUUAUUUCU